CGUUAUACUGAGGACUGGCAAACCAGCAAAAAUCAUCUUUGCGCAAAAAAAUGGUUUCCAGAACUCACCCAACUCAAACGCGCAGCCAGCAAGGCAGCCAUGCUGUGUUAGCACAAGAUACCAGCUCUACCGCCACAAACUGCAGCUGUGUGUACAGCGCAACCGGCAAACUAGCACACACAUGCACGGCGCUCUCCUACAACUCUCAGACGAUCGUAGCGCCGAAACAAGACGCUGCUACCCAAUCUGCCGACUUGAUGAGCGUAGGCGCACAGUUCGACGAUGCCAAGUAAAGCCAGACGCUAUCUAGUAUGCUCUGCGAUGAGGUUAGGGUAACAGGGGUUUUCUUUCGGGAUCCACAGCGCUUGGAAGUGGAGACUCUGAUUUUUGUUUCCCUAGGAAUCGUGGCAGUGAUGUUGGCGUUCGACUAGUGGGGUGUCACACGAUGGUCACGUGACCUCAUUAUGU